UCAACAACCACGCCACCUCCACGACGCCACCACAGCCCCUCCCUUCCCUUCCCUUUUCCCGGUUCUCCGUCAGCCCGGCACUCGGCCACCAACACCCGCAGAGAACGGACGGAGAGAAAGGUACCCACUAUCACCCUACAUACAUUCCGCAGAAGCGCCAUGACCACCUACUUCAGCUACCCCGCCCCCGAGCUUCAGGCCGAGCUUCGGCGCAUCGCCAACGCCAUCGUGGCCCCGGGGAAGGGCAUCUUGGCCGCCGACGAGUCCACAGGCACCAUGGGCAAGCGCCUGGCCAACAUCGGCCUCGAGAACACGGAGGAGAACCGACGGAAGUACCGCCAGCUGCUCUUCACUUCCGAAAAGGAGCUCGGAAACCACAUCUCGGGUGUGAUUCUCUUCCACGAGACACUCUACCAGAAAACAGAUGACGGUCGCCCCUUCGUCGAUCUCAUCAAGCAACUCGGUAUCAUCCCCGGAAUUAAGGUCGACAAGGGUGUUGUCCCCCUCAUGGGAUCUGAAGGCGAGAGCACAACCCAGGGUCUUGAUGACCUCUCCCAGCGUUGUGCUCAGUACAAGAAGGACGGCUGUGACUUCGCUAAGUGGCGCUGUGUCCUGAAGAUCGGCAAGAACACCCCCAGCUACCAGGGCAUGUUGGAGAAUGCCAAUGUCCUCGCUCGCUAUGCUUCUAUCUGCCAGAUGAACGGCCUCGUGCCCAUUGUUGAGCCCGAGGUGUUGAUGGACGGCAGCCACGACCUUGACCGCGCCCAGAAGGUCACCGAGGCCGUCCUGUCCUUCACAUACAAGGCCCUUGUAGACCACCACGUCUUCCUCGAGGGCACUUUGCUCAAGCCCAACAUGGUCCUCGCCGGCCAGGAAUGCCCCACCAAGUACACACCACAACAGGCUGCUACGGCUACCGUCCUGGCCCUGUCCCGCACCGUGCCCGCCGCCGUGCCCGGCAUUUGCUUCCUCUCCGGCGGCCAGUCCGAGGAGGAGGCGACGGUGCACCUGGACGCCAUCAACAAGUGCACGGCCGGCAGGAAGCCUUGGGCGCUCACCUUCAGCUACGGCCGAGCCCUCCAGGCGUCGGCCCUGAAGGCGUGGAGCGGCAAGGACGUAAAGGCCGGUCAGGCCGAGCUCCUGAAGAGAGCGAAGGCCAACGGAGCCGCCGCCGUGGGCAAGUACGCGGCUGGCACUGUCGCUGGUGCCGCCGGCGACGAGGGCCUCUUCGUCAAGAACCACCAGUACUAGACGCCCUUCGAGAACCACUAGUACAAGGACGACCUCGAAGCCAUCACGCGAGGAAUGGAGUCGUCCUCUCUCUCUUUCCUUCCAUCCUUUUGUCAUCGUCAAAAUGUCAUCUUUCUUCCGGAGAUUUGUCUCUAAUACCCCCCCCUCCCCCAUCUCUGCGGUUGAGUUGUCAUGAUGGAAUGAACUUAUGGAUUUCUGUUAAAGAUUUGAGAAUUGUUAGUCUUUCAGAGUACAUGAUUCGGAAGUGUUAUAGGUAUAUAUAUAUGUAUAUUAAGUGCCGAGUAACCACCACCACCCUUAUGUGUACCUAAUUAAUUUCAAAACUACAUUGUCCGUGUCCUGCACCAAAAAAAUUGUUGUUGAAUCUGUCAGCAUUCCAUGUGUGACGCUUUGAUUUAAAACAAUAAAAUCAAGGAAUGUAA